GCUUUCGAGGUCAAUGUUAGAUGGUUUACUAAAAAAUCAACAAAUGAAAGAGACAAGCAUCAGAAUGAUCUUGAAUCUUUCUCAAGGAUGGACCCAAGAAAAAGAGAUGAAUACAUUGAAACUUUUGGUAAUUAUGCUUCACUAAAAAAGGUCAGAAACCUGAUAUUGAUUGGUGUGGACGCUUUAAAGAUACGAACGAAUAAUUCUUCUUUAAUUGAAUAUAUUAAAGAAAAAAGUGAAGAUGAGAUCGUUUAUAAUUUGGUACAUAAUGUGCGAGAGCA